GCAGGCCUGCAAGUGCAUGGGCAGAAGGGAAUGUUAUCUGUGAGGGAGCACAUUCAGGAAAUUGCUGAAAUGAGUCAAAUAUGUGCAAUGUCGCCACAGGUUUUAACUAUUCUACAUUUGUAUCAUGCAGCUCCGCGACCGGCAGCAUGGACCUGGAGUGCGACGUCUGCUUCGAGCGCUUCGACGGCGCCGACCGGCUGCCCAAGGUCCUGCCGUGCGGGCACACGGUCUGCCUGCAGUGCCUGCGGCGGCUGCCCCACUGCCCGACGUGCCGCCGGGACUUCAACAAACCACCGGAGGGACCCGUCACUAACUUCUUGGCGCUGAACUUGCUGGAAGGAGUCAGGCUGGGCCUAUCUGCUGCACAGGACGCACCACCUGCAGCCGCACCCACACCACCUGCAGCUGUGCCCCCACCCUCUGCAGCUCCCCUCGCAGCCCGGGGCCGGAAGAUGAACGUGCGCUUUAUCAGCGUUAGUGGACCCUACGAGGACCGGCAGGAGAAGACCGCCCUGUUGCGGGACGCGCCAGGGGUGACCCGGCUGGUCAAUCUGAGGUGCCACAUGGACCCCGCCUGGAGCCUCCAGCUGCUGCAGUGCGCCGCCCCAACGCUGGAGCGGCUGAGUGUGAGCUGCCUCCGCGAGGCCCACCUGCGCGCGGCGCACGCCAUGCCGCGGCUGAGGAGGCUAGACGUGGAUGGUAAUGACGCUGCCCUGGACGCCCGGCCCCCCGUGCUGCCCGCGCUGCCGCCGGGACACGCCGGCCUGCAGUGGCUCAGGGUGUACAACAUCCCCCGCGCCACGACACAGUCCCUGCUGCGGGCGCACGGUGGCACGCUGGAGGAGCUGGAGCUGGUGGUGGGCACGGCGGGAAAGAAGGAGUGGCCAUUGAGCUGCGACGACCUGCACUCGCUGCUGCAGCAGAGCGGGCUGCGGGCGCUCAGGAGGAUCGUGAUGCAGAGGUUCUUCGGAUACAGCCACAAGGCAGCCGCCUGCAGCGAGCAGCUCGCCGAGGUGCGGCGGGUGCUGCCCGGGGCCUUAGUGCUUUGCACUAAGUGUGACCGAGUGAGGAGGGGAAAGGUCUAAGGGGCGGCGAGCAGCGGCUGUGCCCCGCCACCCUGUGGCAGCGAGAGGACUCGCGUCAUUCGAUAAAGACAUUUAAUUUAACCAACUAGUACGGCAUUUAAAAUAAAGUGAAACUUGACAAUAUUA